AUGACAGCCCUCGGCGUCCAGGCACAGAGGCUGCUGGGCCAAAGGAGGCCCCCCCGGUCCUUCUUUGAGUCCUUCACCCGAGGCCUCAUCAUCCUGUGUGCCUCUCUGGCUGUGGUCCUCUCCUCCAUCUCCAUCUGCGAUGGCCAAUGGCUCCUGGCGGGUGACCGCCUCUUCGGACUGUGGCGCUUCUGCACUGCCUCCAACCAGACGGAGCUGCACUGCCUCCGAGACCUGAGUCAGGCCCAGGUGCCCUGGCUGGCCUCGGGCAUGGUCGUGGCCCGCAUCGUGGCCAGCUUGGCCGUGGUGGUCGCCAUCUUUGGCCUGGAGUUUCUCAUAGUGUCCCAGGUGUGCGAGGACUCCCUCGCUUGGCGGAAGUGGGCUGUGGGCUCCACCCUCCUACUCAUCUCAUUCAUCCUCUCCUUCGGGGGCCUCCUGAGCUUCCUGGUCCUUCUCAGGAGCCAGGUCACACUCUGGGGCCUCACCCUGAUGUUCUGGAGCGACUUCACAGCCUCCUUCCUUCUCUUCCUGAAUGCUAUCAGUGGCCUGCACAUCAACAGCAUCACCCACAACAACAUGCAUCCCUGGAGCCUGCCUACAAAAGUUUAG